AUGUAUGCCUGGGAACUGCCGUUUUCGCGAUCUAUUUCCGAUUCUCGCCGAUAUAUCUGCACCGGUCUGGCCAAUGAAAUCCCACGAAUGAUCGGUGUGUCCGCAGAAAUAUAUGUUUCUUGUGGAAGGGUUCAGUAUUCUUGUGAGGGAUAUGUCUGCAACCUGGAGAACCGCUCUGGAAAGAGCACAUUCCUGAUGUCACUGAUGAAUGAGUUGCGGAUCACUUGUGGUUCUCUGCAAUUAAACGGAACCAUAGCUUAUGUCUCACAGGAGUCGUGGGUUUUCAACGCAAACGUCAAACAGAAUAUUAUUUUCGAUAAACAAUACGAAAAGAAA